UAUUUCAAGUGACUCGAUAGCACACGCACUCUAUCUUAGUGUGUGGUUAGAUAAUGCAAACGAAGAAUACUUUGUAACCAGUGAAUUAAUAUAAAUUUCUAUAGGUACAAUGAGUCUGUGUCGAAGUCCAGUAAACAGUUGUGAUUCAAGUGAAUCAUGUGAUAAUUUUGCAUCUAAAACUUUAAACAAUUUUCCACAAGUUCAUCCAUGUGCAUUACACCAAAGAUCAAUAGAAAAAAAGACUCACUAUGCGUCACAAAUUAUGAGUGGAAAUAAAUUUACAGAUAUGGGUAUAAAUGAAAAGAAAAACUCAUUUACUAUUGAUAACAUAUUGGGACUUGAAGGAAAUCGGGAUAAUUUUGAAUGUGAUAAUGAUAAUCGGUCUCAGAUAAAUGAAUCAACAGAAGUACAGCCGUCGGUUAAAGAUGACAACAUGAAAACAAUCAAUUCGCCUGAAAUCUCACCUACAUCUUAUUCGUCAAGUAUUUUGGAUUUACUGGGAACUCAGGCGUCUCGUCUUAUUGAAAAAUCCGGAAUUCAGUCUCACUUCCCCAAUCACAUAAUGUAUCAUCCUACAGGAGUUUCUCUAAAUACACAGAACGAAUCAUCACAUUCAUCGAAUUUCAUCUAUUCAAAUUGGAUUGGUUUACAUUCGAAAAAUACGUCUAUUCAAAAUAAUUAUCUUUUAGGAUUGCAAGGUAGUCCAAAGACGUCCGGAAAACGAUCUCGGAAGCCAGGUGUCGAUCGAAAACCGCGACAAGCUUACAGUGCCAAACAAUUAGAGAGAUUGGAAAAUGAAUUCAAACAGGAUAAAUAUCUAAGUGUCAGCAAGAGAAUGGAAUUAUCCAAAUGUUUGAACCUCACAGAAGUGCAGAUAAAAACAUGGUUUCAGAACAGGAGGACAAAAUGGAAAAAACAGCUCACGUCACGUCUAAAAAUUGCUCAAAGACAAGGAUUAUAUACCGGACAUUAUUUAACUGGUUCUGGUUUCAAUGCAUCUUCCCAAUAUCCUAUAUUUGCUCCAUACUACAACAAUCAUUUUGUAUUGAGUUCAGCUGUUCCAGCAUCCAUAGAUACCAAAAACGAAGGAAUAGAGGACUUAGUUGUAUCACCAUUAGAUGUUAUAAGUAAGACAAUUAGUGCUGUGUAAUAACAGAA